AAACCGAGGCUUGUUGUUUUGGUAUCGGCCAUUUUAAAAGUAAUGCUACUGGAUGGUAAGAGAAUGAAUGGUACGAAUCAACGAACAUCGCUUUUGUAUAUGGUGAAUACUGGCCGGUUUUGAGACAUUUUGAUAGAACAUUUUACUAAGAAAUCCAACGCACUUUAAUUUUUACCUUCAUCAAAUUCAUUAGUGAUUUGUAAGACACCAAAGCCAUCGAAGCAGAAUGGCUUGUGGUGCAACUCUGAAACGAAGUAUUGAAUUCGAUCCAUUACACAGUCCUGGCCAGACAACACCUAAAAGAAGAAGAUGUAUGCCGAUGACCCUUUCUCCUUCAACUCCUCCAACGAAAUAUCAUCAAAUAAACCCUUCUCCGUUUGGGGAAGUGAGUCCAAAAUUGACUUCGGAGCAAAUUGCUACAAGUCUUGGUCUAGAAAUCAAGAGGAUGCAGAGAAGGAAACAGUUGCACUACCAAUCAUCUGGAAGCCAGAGUCCACCCAACAUGUCUCCUCAACAUGAGGCCUCUUCUUCACACUGCUCCACAGCUAUGGAGAGUAGCAGUAUAUGUGCCUCUCCUUCCUCUUCUUCCACCUCACUAUUUAGCGCACUGUCACCCAGUAAAAAGGAUGCUCCACUGUUCACUUUCCGCCAGGUCAGUCUCAUAUGUGAGCGUUUGAUCAAGGAGAGGGAAGAUCAGGUUCGACAGGAGUACAAUACCACACUGACAUGUAAACUAGCAGAACAAUACGAGGCUUUCCUGAAGUUCAACCAUGACCAGAUUCACAAGAAGUUUGGAAAUGCACCUGUUAGCUAUGUGUCUUGAUGUGGAGUGGAUGGUAGCUGAAUUGUCCGUGUCCUUUUUCUGCUUGCAAGAAGAAUUUGAAAGAAUGAUGAACAUUUUUAUGUUGAAUAUUUGUAACUUUAACGUAGUGCAUGUAAAGGAAAAUAAUGCACUUGUUAGCCUUGCAUGCUUGGGAAGGGAUGAACAAAUAGAUUGGAGGCAAGUGCAUUUAUUGAAUUCACUGAAUUGAACGGCAUUAUUCAUUAAUGGAUUUUUUUGUAGGAAAUUCAUUGUGUUGUGAAAAACGCUCAUAAUGAAAAAAGGGAUGAGGUAGUAUGCGUAUCACUGGAUAAACUUGUGCCACUGCCUGUUAUAAAGUGUUUUGAGUUGCCGUUACAACAGCAAUAUGUUGUGACUGCUGGCCAGUGUUUCUGGAGGGACAAUUAGUCACAAGUAUAGACUGAUACCACGUCCAUGUGUGUUCGCAAAUCAGACCUCUGGAUCUAUAGGAUAACCUUACAAUUACGCGGGUCUAUAUACUCUACCAAAGUCAGGUGGAGCCAUCUCAAGUGUACUGUGUACUUUAUUGUGUUUUAUUGAUCAGUGUUGGAUUGUGUGAUGGGACUACUAUAGCUACGUGGUGGUACUUUUACAGCGAGUGGUAGCUAGGCCAAUCUACACCUCCCUGCUUCUGUUUAGACACCUGUGUAAAUAUAUAUACCACUUUGUAAUACAAUAAUAAUAACUGUACAUACAUAGCCAUAGUUAUUAUGCUGCAUGUAAAACAGUAGUCCGCAGUUGAUACAGAUAGACAGAUGUCUUCUGAACACUAGGAAUAUAUGGUAUAAGUUAUUUGAUUGGGAGAAAUGAGGUGAGGAAGGAUUGAUCAGUGAAUUGCCUUUGUAUGGGUGUCUGGGCACAAAUAUUGUUGCUUUGGAUGCCUUUUCAAUCAUUCAGUUUAAUUUGUAUCUUGUUUGCAUUAAUUAUAAUAUUUCUACACUUUUAAGUUAUAUUUCAUUUUAAUUAUUAUUUAAGAGUUUUAGUUUAGCAAACACAAGUAGUGUUUUAUUUUAUUCCAAAGGGAAACGACUGUUUUCAUACCAUUAUCAGGCAGUAGACUUAUAAUUGUGUAAAUAAAUCUUAUUGUUGGACAUAACUAAAAUUGCAAAUAAAAUCUGAUUCACACAUGUUUUAGCAGAGUUUUUUGCCCAAAUUACCAACUUUAUACACCAAUCGUGAUCAAUGCACGCAACUGGCUAAAAUAAAUAUCCCCCCUGCAUCCUCCUAGAGCCUAUAACAAUACGAUAUUGUGUUCCCUAAUAAUGUAAUUAACAGUCAAUAAAAUCAAGAGGCCCAUAUAGGA